UUCGUUUCGAUAUCGCGGCGGCGUGUGGUCAUAGCACAUUGCCUGCGGCAUCAUGAAUGACCUGUUCGGAAUCCUAUUUUGAAGUUAUCUAGAUAAACAGUCUACAUCGGCAUCGUACAAUUUUCUGUUCCUUGAAAAAAUUGUGCUUCUUUAUUUAAAAUUUCUGUUAAAAAAAUUACGUUUUCUUAAAUCUAAAAAGUAGAUUCAGACUUAUGAACUUUGAUCCUUCUUCAUCAUUCAGAAACACCCCUGGAAAGUAAAAGUACUUGGCUGUUAGAAAAGAAAUAAAGAUGGUUGCUUUUCUAGUUUUCUUAUCCAUCAUUGGCAUUCUGUUUGUCAAGUUUUUAUAUAGCUUGAUCUUUAAAGGUUAUAAUGAUCAGAGAGCAUCUAAAGGAUAUAAGGCUUCUUGGUAUGGAAAAGAUCCACCACCAACUUUAAAUGAUGGUAGCCAAGAUGAUGUAUCUAUUCAUCCCUUCAAAAUAGAUAUUCCCUCAGAAGUUAUAGAGGAUUUGAAGAAUAGAUUACAAAGAACCAGAUUUGAAGAACCCGUUGAAGAUUCCAAAUUUCAUUAUGGAUUUAAUCCCAAGUACCUGAAAACUGUGUUAGAAUACUGGAGGUCACAGUAUGACUGGAGGAAACAGGAAGCUGAACUCAACCGCUUCCCUCAAUUCAAAACACGCAUUGAAGGCAUCAAUGUUCAUUUUCUGCAUAUUAAACCACCAUUAUUACAAGAAAGCACUAUUAAAGUUAUUCCACUGAUGAUAAUCCAUGGCUGGCCUGGCUCUAUUGUUGAGUUUUAUAAAAUAAUUCCUCUUUUGACAACUCCUCGCCCUGACUGUAAUUUUGUAUUUGAAGUUAUCUGUCCUUCUAUUCCAGGAUAUGGAUUUUCAGAAUCUCCUCACCGCAAGGGCUUUAAUGCCAGGGCUGCAGCUAGAAUCUUUAUAACCUUGAUGGAGCGCUUGGGACAUAAUUCAUUUUAUGUUCAAGGUGGUGAUUGGGGUUCAUAUAUUUCCUCUCUCAUGGCCAGAUAUUAUCCACCAAGGAUCAGAGGUCUGCAUGUGAAUAUGUAUUUCUUCAUGCCUCGACCUUGGGAACUAUUUAAGGGUGCUUUGAUAGCCCUUUUUCCAUUCCUUGUCAGGAAAGAAGAAUAUCUUACUACUUUUCCCCUCAAAAAGAAAAUUGGAAUGCUUCUUGAAGAAGGUGGAUAUUUUCAUAUACAAGCUACUAAACCUGACACUUUAGGUUGUGGUAUGGCUGACAGUCCAGCUGGUGUAGCUGCUUAUUUGUUAGAAAAAUUUGGAAUUUCUACUGAUUCUCAAGCCCUGAACUUAGAUAAUGGAGCACUGACGAAGAAAUUCACUUUGGAUGAAUUACUAACCAAUGUCAUGAUGUACUGGGUAAAUAAUAAUUUCACUGCUGCAGCCAGAUUCUAUAAAGAAAAUGUUAGAAAUGUUUUUAGUGGAAGAAAUGAAAAAGCUCCAGUGACAGUUCCAUCAGGAGUAGCUGUCUUUCCUAAUGAAGUUCUCAUGGUUCCUAAAACCAUGAUGUCUCAACAAAUGAAGAACAUAGUUUCAUACAGUAUUAUGCCUCGAGGGGGCCACUUUGCUGCCUUGGAAGAACCCCAGCUGUUGGCUGAUGAUAUCUUUAAAUUUGUAGCUAUUGUUGAAAGGAAAGAUAAUUCAAGCCAGUAACACUGCCAAAUAUAUGAAUUCUUUUCUGUGACUUUAAAAGAACAAAUUUUAUCUCUAGAAAGUGGAAGACAGAUCAAAUUUGUUUCUGGCAUUAUUUUUGAUAUCUGAUUUGUCAAGAUGAGAUUUUGUUAUGAUUUAUAUUGUAUUUUAUAUAAUUUUUAUUAUAUUGUAUUUUAUAUAGCUUUUUGUAUAAUUUUUGUUAAUUUUUUUAUAAAUAAAUAUAAUUAGUAAAAUGAUUUUGACAAAAUGUGUUAUAGCAUAAUGCCAUGUAUUUGCUAUUUUUUAAUUGCAGUUGAAAUGCUUUGUUAUGAGUUUUUUCAGAAAUAAUGAAAGUGAAUUUUAUUCUAUAAAAAACAAAUUUUCUGUAAAAAGAGUGUUUUAUAAAUCAAUUAAAAUGAUAAUAUAUAUAUAUAUUGAGAUAUAUAUCAAUUUUUACUAUUUAUACAGUUUAUGGCAUAUUGAUAUUAUAAUUUUUGUUUGAGUCAAUUAAAUAAGGAUUUGCAACUAAUUUAUGCUUAUGAUUUUCCACUAAUAUGCCAUAUUGCCCAUUAAUAUUCCAAGUAGACAAUUGAUUUGAUCAUAACUUUCCACCCUGUUGAAUGAUAUUUUGAUUGAAUAGACCAUGAAUUUUUGAUACGUAAUAAAAUUUUUAUAUGAUGAAAAAAUGUUCAUUGUGAGGUUUCUUAAACUAUGUAAAAAUAAAUGAGUUAUAUAUUUUGUAUGAAUAUGAGGAAAUAAAAGAAAACCAUUAUAAUUUUUGUUGUGAAUUACAAAAAAUUUCAAACACAUUGUGCCUAAAAAAAUUGUUUUGAAUUCAUUUUAAAAGUUUUAUUCUGACUGACAUUAAAGAAAAAUAAUACUGUUGUUCUAACUUUUGUAAGAAAUGGAAUUGAGUAUUUAAUUAAUAAGAAUUAAUUCAUGAGCCAUUCUCAGACCAUUCCAUAUAUGACAGCAUAGCAUUCCAUAUGUUUUCCAUAUAUGACAGUUUCGAUAUUUGUUUUAAUUUGUGCCAUGUGAUUAAAUAUAAGAGUGUGCUUAUCUCUCUGCCAAAAUAAAGUGCUAAUAAUGCUUAACUGCUCUAAAUCUAUUUAAUUUUUCAAAGAGAAUUAAAAUAAUUUAGUUUUUAAAAAUAAAAUGGUAUGUAAAUAUAUAAAAUAAAGAUGUUUAUUUAUGUGCAUAUGAUGCAAGUAUUUAGUGGAAAUCUAUUCUAAUGGUUUUUACAAUAGACCUGCAUUUUAUGUCUUGUUUUGUUAUGUUAAAGUUGAAAUAAAUCAUUUAUUAUCCUUUUUUUAGGAUAAGAUAUAAUUACUUUGAUAUGCUUUACAAUGAAUUCUAUUUCUUAUAGUGACUUAGAAUAAAUAUUGGUAUAGCUGCUGUAGAAGUGUUAAACUUCAUUGUUGAAAUUUGAUUGUUGAAUGUUUUUCUUAUUAAACAAGACUGCCUAUGAUUAACAAGUAACUGUCUAUGACAAGCAACUGCCUAUGAUUUUGUACAUUCCAUUAAAUAUAUUGUUUGUAUGUCAAGACUUUACUUUGUUUCUAUAAUUUUUUUAUGUGUGUGUUUAUAAAUUUUGGUCAGUGUUUUUGUUACAGUAUAAUAAAUUUUUUUAUUUUUAUA